AAAAAGUCGUUAAAAAAUAGGGAGAAAAUUGGGUUGGAGCAAAAGCAAACUAAAAAAUUUAUAAUACGACCGGUAGUUCGCAUCACUAUUUUUUUUUCUUUUUUUUUCUCACACUAUCAUCCCCAUUAACUGUCUGGAAACCUUAUUAUCCAAAAAAAAAAAAAAAACAAACAAACAAACAACUUUCUGGAAACUUCACCAUAAUACCCAAAAACAUCUCGAUCCAAAACUUCACAUUUACGAACCGAGGACUUUUAUAAUCGAGUCUCGCCAAACACAGUGAUAACUGUACCAGUUUUAAGCUUAAAGGAAUGUUGUUGGGUCAUACCGGUGGUCUACCCGAGCUUAGAUUAUCAAGGAAUCAGCUACUGGCUGACAAAAAAUCUGAGUUAGAUGAGGAUGACAGUGCAGACAGUACCGAGCAGUUGUUAUACUCAGCCUCCUUUGAAGAACUUGCAGAAAAUAGUAUUCAGUAUGAUACUGUUAUAUGGCUUUGUAUAUCACUGUUGCUGGUUUUAGCUUGGGGAGUUGGUAUCUUCAUGUUGCUAUAUCUUCCUAUCAGAAGACGUAUUCUCCGGAAGGAUAUUUCCUCGCGCAAAUUAUAUGUGACACCUAAUGAAAUAGUUUACAAGGUUUCGAGACCUUCGUUCAUUCCCUUUUGGGGGAUCACGACAAUUGAGAAACACUUGCCACUUUCCCUAGUCAUUAAUAUUAUCAUCGAACAAGGAUGCUUGCAGUCAAUGUAUGGAAUACACACCUUCAGAGUUGAAAGUAUAGCGCAUGGAAAAGCUGCACGUGUAGAUGAAUUACAGAUUCAAGGUGUUUCCGAUCCUGAUGAUUUGAGGAAGGUCAUCAUAACAGAAGCUUCAAAGACUAUGCUGGAUAUUGAUAAAAGUUGGAAGCCUUCUGCUUUAGCUGCUGAAGGAGAAAACUUUAGUCGGGGGGGAUCAUUGUCUGAGGGACCAGCUGUUUUCAGAUCGCCAGUCAAAAGCUUGAAGAUGACAGCUUCCCCACGCUACUCUUUGAUGGACCGCAGAGGCAUAGUUCCCGGAGAUUUACUGCUUCAUAAACUCGAAGAAGUAAAUAGAUCAGUGAAGAGACUCGAGUUUCUGAUUGAAAAGUCAAAUCCUCCCCCUGAAGGCAGCUGAUAUAAAGCCUCAUGGACUCAUGAGUUGUUGUUGUAUAGGUUAUUUGAGCUGCUUCUCAUGAUUGCAUCUAUACCUUAGGAUUUUUGCUAGAGUUAUUUUGGUAUUAAAGAGGCAAUGUAAUGGGUCCACUUGUUACGCCUAUGUGUUUACGAGGGAACAGAGCAUAUUCAAAGUGAACAUUUAUUGCCAACCGUAGAAGCUUUUCACCUUUACCUACCUAUGUGAAGUGGGGAGGAGAAAUUGAAAAAGACUUAACUCUGUCUUUCUAAUGAAUGUUAGGAGGCAUCCCUUUGUAUAGGUUUAACCUCUCUUUCUAAAAAUUGGCCUUUUUUUUGUACAAACUCUCCAUUUCAUUUUUGCACAUCUCAAUCUUCCAAAUGCUGCUAUGCUUUACAAUUGA